AUGGAUCUGAAUCUGUCAAAGCACAUUGAGUGCCUCUCGCAAUGGCCAUCUCAUCUGCCCGCCGGUUUGCCGACCGUCGGUGCCUUGUUGCUUCUUGCAACUGGUGGGCUGGCCAUCGCCUGCAAGGUCUGGACUUUCGUGCGAGUACUUCUGAGCCUCUUCGUUCUUCCGGGUAAACCGCUCCGUUCCUUCGGUCCUCCUGGUAGCUGGGCCGUUGUCACCGGUGCCUCCGAUGGCCUGGGCAAAGAGUUCGCGCUGCAGCUGGCGCGUGCCAAAUUCAACAUUGUCCUUGUAUCCCGAACCGAGUCGAAGUUGAUCGCCCUGGGCGAGGAAAUUACCAAGCAGUCCCCCGCCGUGCAGACCAAGACCCUGGCCAUGGACUUCUCGAAGAACGCCGAUGAGGACUACGCCGCGCUGAGCAAGCUGGUUUCCGAUCUGGAUGUGUCCAUCCUCGUGAACAACGUCGGCCAGAGCCACUCUAUCCCCGUUCCUUUCGUCCAAACCCCCGCCUCCGAGAUGGCCGAUAUCAUCACCAUCAACUGCACCGGUACCUUGCGUGUCACUCAGCUCGUUGUCCCGGGCAUGAUCCAGCGUCACCGCGGUCUCGUCCUUACCAUGGGCUCAUUCGGUGGUCUCCUUCCUACUCCCCUGCUCGCCACUUACUCCGGCAGCAAGGCUUUCCUCCAGCAGUGGUCCACCGCCCUGGGUGCCGAGCUCGCUCCCCACGGCAUUGACGUCGAGCUCGUCCAGGCUUACCUCAUUACCUCCGCCAUGUCCAAGGUCCGUCGCGCGUCGGCCUCUAUCCCCACUCCCCGCGCCUUUGUUCGCACUGUCCUCUCGAAGAUUGGUCGCCACGGUGGUUCCUCUGCCUACGCUUACAGCUCUUCGCCGUACUGGAGCCACGGUCUCAUGGCUUGGUUCCUAACUUCUGUUGCUGGCCCCAUGAACAAGUUCGUGCUUGGACAGAACAAGACAAUGCACGAGAGUAUUCGGAAGCGUGCUCUGCGCAAGGCCGAGCGCGAUGCUCAGAAGAAGAGCACCUGA